UUGUAUAAAACCCCUCACAGUCCCAACACCCUUGUCACUUUUGUGUAAAUCUCUCACAAUGCUGCACAACUUGACCGCAAGACCUUUCCACCAAGCCAGAAUCAACCAUCUGGGAUGGAACGUCCCUAAGGACGAACUCGUCCACAUCCCCCAACAUUGGCUCAUCUAUCCCGAACCGGAAGCCUCAAUGCACUUCCUCCUAGCCCUCAUCUACAUUGGAUUCUUCAUAAUGGCAACAAUAGGAAAUGGACUCGUCAUCUGGAUUUUUACCACAUCGAAAAGUCUACGAACAGCUUCCAAUAUGUUUGUUGUGAAUCUUGCCAUUUGCGAUUUUGCGAUGAUGAUCAAAACACCGAUUUUUAUUUACAAUUCGUUUUAUCGUGGUUUUGCUUUGGGGCAUUUAGGGUGCCAAAUUUUCGCAUUUAUUGGGUCUUUAUCGGGGAUUGGGGCCGGUAUGACCAACGCAUGUAUCGCCUAUGACCGGUAUACGACCAUAACAAGGCCCUUUGAUGGCAAAAUCACAAGAACUAAGGCUUUAGUCAUGAUCAUCUUCGUUUGGGGGUACACCAUUCCUUGGGCAGUGCUGCCACUACUAGAAAUCUGGGGACGAUUCGCCCCCGAGGGAUUCCUAACGGCCUGUUCCUUCGACUACUUGACCGACACUUUCGACAACCACAUGUUCGUCACGUCGAUAUUCAUAUGUUCCUACAUUAUCCCAAUGUCAAUGAUAAUCUACUUCUACAGUCAGAUUGUUAGUAAAGUCUUCAGUCAUGAGAAAGCCCUUCGAGAACAGGCGAAAAAAAUGAACGUCGAAUCGCUCCGUAGCAACCAAUCGCAAGCCAACCAAUCGGCUGAGCUGAAAAUAGCCAAAGCUGCGAUUGCCAUUUGUUCGUUAUUCGUAGCCUCGUGGACUCCGUACGCUGUCUUGGCCCUGAUUGGUGCGUUCGGUGACCAAUCAUUGCUCACGCCCGGAGUCACGAUGGUCCCGGCUUGUGCAUGCAAGUUUGUAGCGUGUUUGGAUCCUUAUGUCUAUGCCAUAAGUCACCCAAAAUACAGACUUGAGUUGCAGAAACGGUUGCCGUGGCUCGCAAUUAAAGAAACAACAGUGAGUGAAACACAGUCGACAACCACGGAAAAUACCACAACUCAAGCUACAACUUAAUAAAACAAUGAAAUGAAAUAAUGAACCGCGAUGAUUAUGGAUCAUGAUUGCUUAUUUAAUUAACAUACCUGUUCAGUUUUGUUAAAUUAAAUUCUUGUCUUGAUUUCAAAUAAAUUCCUGAUGAAGCGA